AUGACUUCCCUCCUGAGUGCCUUAGGGCUGUACAGCCAGCGCGCUACAACAAAGUUUACCAGUGCUUUGGAUAUACCUGUGGAGUUUGUAGAAAAAAAGGUGAAAUUGCGGGGGAAAUUACAUGGCGUAACGGAGAAAGGCCUGGAAGUCGAGCACGUUCCCAUUAGCAUUCCGCUCAUUGCGUCGAUACAGAGAAAAUGGCAAUUGAAAGGUCUUCUGCUGGUAAGGCUUGCUGGAGUGGAGCUGGCUCCGAGCGGCAUGGCCUGGUUACGGCAGGAGUUAAAACCCGAGCAGAUGGUCUGGUUCCAACUUCUGGGAAGGGAGGACUUGGCACUCGAGUGCCUCGUUUUAGUAAAUAAGGGUCGAUUUCGCAGCGUGUGCUUAAACGAAGAGCUCCUGAGACAAGGGCUUGGCAGAACAGCGCGUAUUGAAGGACUCCAUCACGAUUCCCGCCUGUACUUGAAACUUCACAAAAGACUGCUUCGAGCAGAGUUAAAGGCCUUGAAGAAAAAUAAAGGAAUCUGGGAAGAAGAAAGCUACUCUGAAAGAAUUAGAGAUCUACGCUGUGAGCAAUACAGCAUCUUGAAAAGACCACAGGGAGUGAAAGGAGAGCCCUCCAAAUGGCCGUUUCCAUUAAGGAAAAUAUCCUCGGCGUCGCACAGGCUUUUUAUUGCCGGCGCAGCAGGUAAGGCAAAUGGUGGUCACAAACAUCAGCGGCAAAAGCGGCGGGCGCGGUGCUUCCUGCGUCCUUUCCCGACGGACUGGCAAAGCAGCUCGGCCCUGUGCGUGGAGCGCGCCCUCGCCGUGACGGGCGAUGGGCGGCUGGGUGGCAGCUGUGGUGUCACCUUCUUCCAGUCACGGCUCUUGCUCACAGCAACGUCCCGCUCUGCCGGAGCCCACGCCCGCUGCUUCCCUGCGAAACGCCCCACGGUCACCCAUGGGACCACUGGCUGUAAAAAGUUGUCAUUUCGAAAGCAGAGUUUUAGACUUUACGUGCCCCAGCAGAGGAGCGUUCCCUCACGCCAGGCCUCUCGGCGGCCGUCGCCUCACCGUGGGUGA